AAGCCAAACGGAAGUGUUUACCGAAUGGAAUGUGGUACGUACACCCCUUCUUCAACCAGACAUGGACAGACUUCACUGACUGUCAGAAUAAAGAAGAUUCACGUGGUACCAAUGGAACUUUAAUGCGCCAUCUCCCGGUGAUAGAUACAUUCUCAUUCGUAGGAUAUAGUAUGUCCCUGGUAUGCCUUCUUGUCGCUGUUGCUUUAUUGAUUGGAUUCAGGAGGUUGCACUGCCAAAGGAACCUGAUUCACAUAAACUUAUUCGUUUCGUUUAUUCUGCGAUCCAUAAUCUGUCUUGUUAAGGAUGUUUUCCACACACCAAAAGGACGUUCAUCCGUAAUAAACAACAAAGCAACACUCACUUCUCAAGGAACGAACUGGUCCUGUAAGCUGGUCUUUACAUUAUUUAACUACAUUCUAUUGGCCAACUACACGUGGAUCUUAAUGGAAGGGUUGUAUCUCAACAGUCUCAUUUUUCUGUCAACCUUCAAAAAGAGCAGAAGAUUUUAUCUGUACAUCAUUACGGGAUGGUUGUUACCUGUCAUUUUUGUGAUACCCUGGAUACUGGUCAGAAGAUAUCUUGAAGAUACAAUGUGUUGGAGUACUCACAACGCCGAAAACAAGUUUGUUUGGUUCAUCCGGGGACCCAUUGUAGCCACUAUUGUGAUUAAUUUCAUAUUCUUCAUAAACAUUAUACGUGUUAUUUUCACGAAGCUAAAAGCAUCCCAUGCUAAUGAUUGUGACCGGUAUAGAAAACUAGCCCGCUCCACCCUAGUCCUAAUCCCCCUGUUCGGUGUGUACUAUAUGAUAUCUGUUGUCAUGCCGGAAUGUAUGGACCCAAGUGUGGAACUCAUCUGGUUGUAUGUUGAAAGUGGUGUUAACUCAUUUCAGGGGUUUCUCGUCGCACUGCUCUUCUGCUUUCUAAAUGUAGAAGUUCAGCAGGAAAUACGCAAGGAAUGGAACCGAAAGUGGGUCGAUGGUCAGCUGAAUAAUACUUCCAUAAAAUCUAAUAAAGCGCUGUCAAUAGGCGCCAUUGUGAGGAAGAAAAACUUAUCGUCUGCCAUAUUAGCAAACGAAACAUACAAAAGUAAAGGAAAAUGUCUCAAACAGGACAUAAAUCUUACUAAUGACUGUGAAAAAUAUGAUAAAGAAUUCAAAUUUCCUGAAUUGGAAACAAAAGAAGAGGACGACAGAUUGUUAUAUGGCACUUAAUUCGAAAUACGAAAACGGACAGGAAAUCUUAUUAUUAUUUUUUAUACAACUCUUCAUUGAAAUUAUAUAAAGGACAUUUUUACAUCUUCCCAUUUUUUCUUGAAAUUGUUUUAUUCCUAUCAAGUAUCAGGGUGUCUGUAAAAAUAAAUAUUGAAGGAAGAAAUUCUAUUAAUA